AUGCGAUGGGAUACGGAAGAACAACAAGCGUUUGACGUCCUCAAAAAUGCAUUAACGACAGCAACCAUUCUUGCUCAACCGGACUAUACCCGACCAUUUAAACUCUACACGGAUGCUAGUAACGUAGGAAUCGGAGCUAUUCUGCAACAAUGUCAAGAACCAGAUAAUGUUGAAAGAGUGAUAUGUUUUCUAUCUAGACAACUGACAUCAGCGGAGAAAAAUUAUAAAAAUUAUGGCAUCACUGAACUGGAAUGCCUAGCAGUAGUAUGGUCCCUUACAAAGCUUCAUUGUUUAGAUGGUGUCCCGUUUGAAUUAAUCACUGAUCACAGUGCUUCGCAAGCCAUGUUUGAUUUUAAAGGAAGCAACAAACGUCUCUUGAAUUGGUCGUUAGAUGUUCAGCCAUACAGAGAAUUCAUGACCAUCAUACACCGUCCUGGAAGGAAACAUACAAAUAUUGAUCCUUUAUCACGUAACCUCAUUGAGUGUAUAAACAAUAUAUCAGUUGUUUCAUUAUCAUCUGAUUUGAAAAAAGAAUUUAUAUCAUCAUAUUCAUUUGAUCCAUAUUUUUCAAAUAUUACUGAUAUUUUACAGAACCCACAGUCACAACAAUCCGAUCACAAUAUCAGACAAAAAUUAAAAAAUUUUCUUAUGCAUGAUCAACUCCUUUAUUUCGUCGAUCCAGGAACAAAAAAUUUGUGGUUGUAUGUACCUAAUCGACCAGAGUUAAAAUCAGUUAUCUUCCAUGAUAGUCAUGAUGCCCCCGUCGCCGGUCAUUUGGGGUACACUAAGACGUAUUUUGAUCAAACAAUCGUUUUAUUGGCCGAGAAUGUCAAGAGAAGUUUACCAAAAACAGCAUCCGGUCAUACUUUAAUUAUUGUUUUCGUCGAUCGACUCACCAAACGGGUCUAUUUUAGACCCACCAUGGCUACGGUAACGGCAGCAGACACGGCUAAAAUCUUCUUCAACACAAUAUUCGUCGACCAUGGUUUACCUGAUGUUCUCAUCAGUGAUCGUGAUUCAAAAUUUACAAGUAAUUUUUGGAAAUCAAUCUUCACUUGGGACGAAAAUCAUCAUCAUUUUAUUGAUGAUGUAAAACGUGAUUGGCAAAAAUAG